GGCUUAUUUUGUUGUAUUCCUUUGGUAGUUUCACAUCAAAGUCGACAUUUGGGUCUAGAAGAGAGAAAUUUCUCCGUGGAAAACGUUCAAUUGGUUCUUUUCCAUCGAAAUUGCUCCCUGCAGGUGGUUCGUGUGCAUUUCGAAUGGGACACUAUUUUUGCAUCAAGUGACAAAACGCGAAAAUUGUUCGUCAGCUUGGAAAUACUUUUCAAAGCGUUACGAGAAAAUUUUGACGUUCAAUUUCACUUUUGUGCCAGGUUGAACGGGUGUUUUGCUAAACGUAGGUUGAUAGCCUAGAUCCCUUUUUGUCAUCAAAUAGAGGUCAGGUGAUCCAAAGUGUACAGUUAAAUGUUCUAGGUCUUCUAGGCAUACCUAUAAAAUCGUGCUAGGCUGACUUUUUUUGGGAUUUUCCUGUGCGAUAUUUGCAAGUGUUUGGGACAUAUAAGCAAUUUAAGACGUCAAAAUCCAGUUUGCUUCGAUUUUGUCCAGAGAGACAUUGUAGUUGUGUUUGCAGAGAGAUAAUCUGCAAUUCUGUUUGUGUGUGUCCUCCAGGUCACUAAGUUUGAUCAACAAUUGCUCAACUUACUGAAUAUUUCAGACAGCAUUUCCCGAGUUAACUAAUAACUUUUGGAUUGUCGUCAAUGAAGGUUUCACAGCUGUGACACACGCCUUCAGCCGGCAGAAACGGCAUUAAACAUCAUUCGGAAGUUGUAUUGCUAGAAGGAAGUAGCUUGCAAUUGUCCAGGGUCCAUAGAAAAGGAUUCACGUUGUCAAAUUAACGAACGACUUCGUAGGACUUCCUACAUUUUUCUGGACAAUUUCUUCUUUAGGAGGAAUAUUUUAGUUUUUCGGACUGGACAUCGAUAGGGAAAGUCAAUUACUUCCCUGUUUGCAUGAGAAAAGGUCCUUUUCUUUCUGUCUGGUAAAUUAUUUGUCCAUCCUAAAAUUAAUUGUUAACAAAACAACCUCCAAAAAGGAGGAAGCGGCGUCCACAAACGGCGGACACGCAAACGGUGGGACCACAAAUUCAACAAACGGCGCCAACGGUGGCACAAUGGUGAAGACGUUCCAAGCAUAUCUACCACCGACAAACAGAACUUACUCCUGCGUCCACUGCCGGGCCCAUUUAGCUAGUCACGAUGAGCUGAUAUCUAAGUCGUUCCAAGGGAGUCAAGGACGAGCCUAUUUAUUCAAUUCCGUAGUUAAUGUGGCGUGUGGUCAAGCAGAGGAGAGAGUAUUACUAACAGGACUCCAUGCAGUUGCAGAUAUUUACUGUGAAUGCUGUAAAACGCCUCUUGGCUGGAAAUAUGAGCAUGCCUUUGAGUCGAGUCAGAAGUACAAGGAGGGCAAAUAUAUUAUCGAAUUGGCACAUAUGAUUAAGGAAAAUGGCUGGGAUUGAUCGAUGAGCGCCUGCCACAUGGCUGAAUCCCAUCAUCCCACGCAAAUUUGUCCCAUGCAGUGAAGUGAAAGUUUUAAGAAAAGCGCGUGUUUUUUGCGUAGAGGAACAAGAAAAAAAGAGAGAAAAGAAUGCGAGAAAGUUGAUGAGAAAAAUCCCUUUUGACGAUGCAGAGGAGAAAGAGAGUUGAGAGAGUGUGAAAAAGGGACUCUUUUCUUUUUUUUGUAAAAUGGGGAUUGUUUCUUCAAAGCUUUUUCUUUUUUCACGUCAAACAAAUUUUCUGGAGACAACAAACAAUCUUCCAUCCCCAUUGCAACACAUCACAUCUUCUGUAAUAUGAGAAUGUGUUCAAUGGAUAUUGAUGGAAAUGUUCACAAUAGAUGCCAAUAGGUCCCCCCCUUACCCCUGAACGUCUCCUCCAAAAUUCUUUACACUGAAAUUGUAUGUUGAGUAAAGAAUGGAGACUGUGAAUCCUUUGGGAUCUAUUUUAUGGUGAUUUAAUGGAAAAAUAUGGGGACCUCAUACAAGAGAUAAACAAUUUUCUCUUAUUUUAUUCAUACAGAUUUUUUUCAAAAUUAAAUUUGACUUUGCAAACUUGCAAAUUGGACAUUUUGACUUCUUUGACAAUAUAUACAACUAUUUUUAAAAUGAAUUUUUAGUCAGUUUGUUAAUUUAUUUUGAUUUUUUAAAUUUCAAAAAAAAAUUUAGCGUUUCUCCAACAAUCCAAGAAAUGAGAAUGGUAAAUUUGGCAAGAAUGGUAAAUGAUGAGAUGAUGAAAUUAAAUCAUAAAACUUUGCAUUAUAGACUGAUAAAUAAAUGAAAUUUCUGGAAAUGGCGAAAUUUUUCCGGAAAUUGCAUCGUUUUAGUUUAAAUUUUUGCACUUGUUGUUUUUUUUCUUCUAAUUACUAUUUCCUUAUAGAAUUGGCAAAUUAAUGGGGGAUAUUAGAAAUGAAAAAGAAAAGCCAGUAGAGAGAAAAAAAGAAAAAUUAUUGCGAAUUUAAAAUUUAAGGCUCACGGUGCUUAUUUCGGCAACAGAAAUUCUUGCAUCGGUUUUCUAUUCACUUUGACAACAAAUUUCUACCGUUCAAAUACGUUUCAUUUAUUUUUUUAACAAAAUGCUCAGAGGACUUUUACAACUUUUACCCUAAGUUAUUCCUUGAAUUAAAUAUAAAGGGGAAAAAAGGGAAAGCAGAGAGAAUAGAAUGGCUGGUGGCAAGUUUUCUUGUACCGCAAUAUCGCUGUCAUUCACCUUUUUUUCCUAAAUAAACUAUUAGCUGAUAUUUUUUCUUACAUAAUUGCUGGAAUGUUAAAUUAUUCUUAACACGUGAAGGAGAGAAUAAUAUAAGAAAAAAAUACGUGAAAUAACAUAGAAAAAAAUAUUAAUAUUGAAAUUAAUUUUCGAGAGAAAAAAAAGCUGAAAAACAACCAAGAUUCAACAACGAUUUUUGUUGUCAUGAAUAUUCAUGAAAUUUUUCUUUAUCUUAUCAAAAAUAUCAAUCAUUCUUGGAGAAGAUGAAGAGAAUACCAAGAACAACAAAUACAAAUAUUUUCUAUUAUAAAUGGAAAAAAAAGAAACUAAAUAUGAAAACUGCCAAACAAAAAUGUCGCUCUUAAAGAAAAGAUAAAAUAAAAUAAAACCUUAAAUUAAAAAGGAAAAUAAAACAAAUAAUAGUUAAAUACAAUAUGCAAAUAAACAGCAAAAACCACUACCAACACUGUUAAAUGGGGGAAAAAAAUAAAAAAUAAGCAUGAAAUAGACUAGUGAAAUAUUAUCUCGUAAUAAGAAAUCUUUAAGGACAUGAAAAUGGAACUCUUAAAUGUUAGAAUCAGUUGUGGGAUUUUCUAAUUGCACCAGCAUUUAGCAGAUUCUGACAAUUUCAGAAGCACAAUCAAUGUUCUUUAGCUACGUGAAAGAAGUUCAUCAAGCUAGAAAAAACAUUUUGUUACAAAAUUUGAUUGGGAUUUUAACCUCAAAAUAAAUACAAUCUAUAAAAAUCUUAUUGCUUCAUAAAAAAUUAAAAGUUAUGUUGAAAACAUUGACUUCAAGACAACCUAACAGCUGUAUAACCCAUUGAAAUUUUAUUGCUAGUCCAAUAAAAGUUAAUUCGAUUUGACUUUGCAGCAAACAUAAGGUUAUGUUGCAAAAUUUUUCCAUGAGUUGAUCUUAAAAUGACAUAACCUAUAAAAGUUUUAUUGUAGGUUUCAAUUAAAUUUUAAUUUGGAAUACUUUGAUAUAUUGGACUUUAUUUUCUUAUUUGACUAAGAACUUGGUUUAGAAAUUCCAGGAUGUGCUACACAUAACCUCAAAAGUAGGAAAAGUAUGGAACAGCAAGUUUUUAUUUUAGAUUUUGGGUCCGGACACAAAAGUUUGAACUGUAACUUAGUUUGAAACAUCAGAUUUUUUUUUAUAAAUUCGCAAAGAAAGUUAAAAUGGAAGUUUUAUUAUCUUAAUUCUAACCUCUCUGGUUCGAGUUAGGUUAUGCUGCAAAAUCAAAAAUAAGCUCUGAAUAAAAAAGAGAUACAACUGGAUAGACACAUUAAUACUCCAGUGAUCUAAAGAUUUUGUUGCAAAUGUAACUACCUAAAACAUAACCUAAAAGCCUCAUAACCUAGUGGUCAUUUCAUAAGGAAUGCUCCACAAGGAAGUUAGGUUACAAAAGAUAUUUUAAUGUCAUUUUUAACAAAUGGGGCCCAUUCUCUAAAUUACCUGACAGAUUGAAAGACUUCAAGGUUACAAUUUGAUAUCUUUCAGAUUAGAAACAAGACUUUUAAAAUGUCUGUCCACCGAAUAAAAUUAAAAUCCAACUACUUCUCUUGACAAUGGACAGCUUUGUGAGAAUAAUCUUUCCAUCUUUGGAGAAUUUUGAAGUUUUUUUCUAUUUGAAGUUGAAAUACCUUUUUUAAGGUUAUGUUCAGUAUAACCUCACAUUACAGAUUUAUGUUUUUACUAACUUAAAAUAAUUGUGCAAAAUAUACACAAUGGGCACUCAAUGGGUCAAGUGGUAGAGCACUCGGUCUAUGAUGCAAGUGUCCCGGGUUCGAAUCCCCUUUAGGUCACCAGGAAUUUUUCUGGCGUUAAAGGUGUUCGGAUUGCAUCCAGAGAGAUUCACUGGCAUGAGACUGACAAGACAACCUCAUCCCGUACAAUAAAAAAAUAAUGCAUGUCUAGAAAUCCCCUUGCGGGAAGGCCUAGUUCCUUCAUUGAAUGUUGUGCCAGUACAGUAGAUUCUUUCUCAAUCGGGCAUACGGGGCAAAAUGUCAUCCGAAUUAACGAGAGAUUUGGGCACCAAAAUCAUUGUAAAUUCCACAAAAAGUCCUCAAAUAUAAAGAAUCACGAUAAAACAAGAUAAUCAAAAUAAAAUAAAUGAUUUUUUGAGAGAAAAUUCUGUUGUUCAUAAGUCAUUCAAAUACGUAAUUUCUGGAUAACGGUAUAUUUUACGACUCUAUGAUAUUCAGGGGACUAUUUUUGUAAAGGAUUCAAGUCGUCCCACGCAUCCUUUUCAUGGAUUUGGAGGAUAUUUAGGGGUUUAUGAAACAAAUCUAAAAAAAUGAAAAGAUAGGGAUAUGCGAGGUUCCAGGAAAAUUGUCCUUAAAUCCUCCUCUACACAUCCUUGAGUUAUCAUUUGAUACCAAAAUCCUAGGAUGUACCGUUAUUGAUCAUAAACAAGUUUUUUUCAAAUUUUUCGAAAAAUUUCUUAAAGAUCUUUUUCUUAAGAUAUCUCAGAAACUUGAGGUGAUGGACAAUAAGUUUCUUCGGGAGAAAUGUUCAGGACAUACCAAGGAACAAGAAACUACUCAUUAUUUUCCAUCCCAUUUGUGGCUGUUGCACAGUGUUAUCUACAACACAUUUUGAAACAUAAAACAUAGGGCCCGGUCCUCUAAUUUAGUACUGAAAAUCUUCUAAAGUUUGAGGUUAUAUAUGCUACCUCGAAUGUGUGCAUUUAGAAAACAAAGAGGCAAGAUCAUAGCAGAAAACUUUCAAGUUCAACAUAACACGUAUUAUUCUCUUUAAAAACAAAAUAUUACAGUCCAUUCUGCCUCAGAAUUUAGUAAACACUUCAAAAAUACUUUUAAUUUAAAACGAUAAAUUAGGUUUUUGAGGUUAGAUUCGCUUAAUACAGAACUUCUUGAUCGUUUGUUUUGUUCAAUCAACAAAAAAAACAUGUGUAACAGACAAAAAGAUUCUGCAACUACAAACUUUGAGUUUUGAGGCUAGGCUUAGCAUAACCUAAAAGUUUUUCAAUUAACCUAUUGGUCAAAAGAGAAUAAAUUCCAUAACUAUAUAACUCUGAGAUGGUGUCUUAUAUAUGCAAACGAGAACUUUGCAAAUGUUCCAAAACUGAAAAAGAUGUUUUCAAGCUACUGUUUUUGAGGUUAUGUACCAAUAAUAAAUAAUUAAGAAUACCUCCUAUAAAUUAUGAAGGAUUAAAAUUAUUUCAAUAUAAUCAAAAUGUUUCCCAAGUUGUCGCUUUAUAUUAACAUAACCUCAAUUUAGUUUUCGCUGUUGCAAUUAGGAAAUCUCACACCAUGAAGAAUAUAUCACUUCUCUUGAUUAUAUAGAGGAAAUGCUGAAUAUUGUAGUGUUCUCGACAGGCUAUGCGUAUAAAUUAUAAGAGAGUGAAAGGAAUUCUUUCUAUUUUCAUUGAGCCUAGGUUUUUGGUGAGAAAUAAGAAGUAGAAAAGAAAAACAAACUGGAAGGUUUUUUUCUGACAAUUUAAAUUUUUGUUUGUGAGAUAAACGAAACAUAAUUUUUGUGAUAAUGAAUGUUAAAAAAAAAGAAUAAAAAAGCGGUAACUGAUACGGUGUUAGAUGUUGGAAAUGUAAGCUGACGAUGGUAAUUAGAUUACGUGAAUUUCAAUGAACAAGAAAUCAAUGCAAUUUUUUUAUUUACAUUUUUUUAUAGUUUGAUAUGAAAAUUAAGUUUUGGAUGUAUUGCAAGAGUUAAUUUUUGCCGAAUGGAUUUUGUAUUCCGAUUUGCAAUUUUUUUUUGUAAAUUUUGCUUUCGGUAAGAAGGAGAGGAAAGAAAUUUUAUCGAAAUUUAAUUACUUUUAUUGCGAUAAACCUUUGCUAUUCGUAUUUUUUCAAUGGAAAAAGAGAAAGAAUUAAAAUAUUUUCAUAUUAGACACAUUAAGCAUAAGAGAACUUAUUAACAAUAAUCAAUAUGAUUAGAAUAAAGAAAAUAUAAUGAAAUAAAUUAUAUUAAUAUUAAAUGUAUAACUGUGCAAUUGUGAUAUGAGAAACUUCUAUAAAAACAUAACUCUAAAAAAAAAUGUAUGGAAAAAUAUGAAUCUAAAGUAGUGACAGAGAAAAUUAUAGAGAGAGAAUAUGUGGAAGAAAUAAUGCUAUGAAGAAAAGGAAGAUUUGAAAAUUUCUUUUUGAAUGGUGAGACCAAACCUAUUGAGGAAACGUGUGAUAUACAUAAAAUUAAACUUGUAAAAGAAAAAAAAAUUUAAAAAAAAUACUUGAAAAUCUGAAAAUAUUUGUGGAACUUUAUUAUUAACAUUUUUUAGUAGAAUUAAUUGAUGUUUGUUUUAAUUUUUUGAAACACACACAAUCUGCUAUUUUUAUGAUAAAUUAGAAUUAUAAUGAAUUUUUCUAUUAAAUAAUUACUGAGCUGAAA